AGUUUUAGAAAGAAAUAGAUAACGUUUUGUUCACCAACAAAUGUAUCAUAUGAUAGUAGUAAUUUGUAUGUGUACGUAAAAAAAAGAAUACUACUUUAUCUAAAGUUUUUGCAUGUUUAAAAUUAUGGUUAUUUCAGCAGCAUUAACUUUAUUUAACACGCUUUUAUAAAUUAAACCAGUAUUAUAAACGACCACAUAAUAACUACAAUAAAAAUUAUACAUAACGGAGUGGUUGCCUAUAAAUUCCAUGACUGUGACCAAUUAACCAAAGUUUGUUUUCAGGUCACAGGUACACAGUUGUAUUUUUUUGUGAUGGUUUGGAAUAUGUUUCGUGUUAUUUUAAUAUCGUUCUUUUGCCUUUAUCAAACCUGCUCGCAGGAGACUGAUUCUGCUUUAGCUGAACAACUCUAUAUGAGAUUGUUCAAGAGACAAAGAGCUGAGCAGCUUGACGCAAUAAAAAGUUUCAGACAAAUAACCAACUUUGAAAAACAAAUACAGAUGAUUGAUCUGAUGGCUGAGAAGGUUUUCACAGUGAUACAAGAAAGCAGAGCGACGAUCGAAGCCUCGCCGUAUAUUCCAGGCGUUUCCGACUUCCCUCUGGACGAAAAAAUACGUGAUUCCCUCUCCAGUAUUCUGGAAAACACCGCCCUGUUUUCCGAGAUUAUUUUACGUUAUCCAGACAUUUCAGUUUCUGUGUUGAGAACCAAUAAUAAUUGGGACGUGUUGUUGCAGUGGAGUAUCGCAUUUUGCAAUCAAGUUAGGUAUUUAUUGGAUAAACCGACGAAGAAACUGUUACAUUUGGUCAGUCAAGAGUUGAACUACAUUGAUAAGGAUCCAGAGUACAGGAAUCCGUACAGGAACGAGUUCACGAAGAAUCAGCCUAAAGACGAAAGAGAGGAAGAGAAAAAGAAGAGGAAGAAAAAGAAAGAGAUUAAAAGGGGGCCGAGGAUGUCGCAUAACGAGUUUUAAGAGUUUUAAGAUUCCUAAUUAAAUCAAUUGCUCAUGGAAAUCUAGUCUAAGAUUUGUUAUUUAUAUUUGUAAAAAUAUUAUAGAUUUGUAAUAAACUAUUAUUUCUGUA